GAGGACCAUACUGAGUAUAGACUGUACAUCAUCUUCAACCCAUGCUGUGUGCGUGAUGGCUGGACCCAGGCCUGUAGUUCUGAGCGGCCCCUCUGGCGCAGGGAAGAGCACUCUGCUGAAGAGGCUUAUGAAGGAUUAUGAAGGAGUCUUUGGCUUCAGCGUGUCCCAUACAACAAGAAAUCCCCGUCCUGGUGAGGUAGACGGUAAAGGCCUGAGUAGCCUCCCAAUGCUUCUGGGGGCUGUGUUACUGCCUGUAGCAGACGUCUUAUCCUCUGAGUCUUCUCCAGAUUACCACUUCACCACCAGGGAGAAGAUGCAAGAGGGUAUCGAUAAAGGAGAGUUCAUUGAGAAUGCAGAGUUCUCAGGGAACUUGUACGGAACAAGUAAAUCUGCUAUUGAAGAUGUCAAGGCAAAGAACCUCAUCUGCAUUCUCGAUGUUGACAUACAAGGAGUGAAAAACAUCAAGGAGACUGACCUCAACCCCAUUUACAUCUCCGUCCAGCCCCCAUCUAUGGAGAUCCUGGAAAAGCGUCUAAGAGACAGACAGACUGAGACAGAGGACAGUUUACAGAAGCGCUUGGACGCUGCAAGGACAGACAUGGAGCUCAGUAAUGAACCUGGAAUGUUUGACCUGGUCAUCGUCAAUGAUGAUUUAGAGGCAGCCUAUGACCAGCUGAAAAGUGCUCUAAUGGAGGAAAUACAGAAGGUUCAGGAUGCCAAGAACGUGAUGGCUGGACCCAGGCCUGUAGUUCUGAGCGGCCCCUCUGGCGCAGGGAAGAGCACUCUGCUGAAGAGGCUUAUGAAGGAUUAUGAAGGAGUCUUUGGCUUCAGCGUGUCCCAUACAACAAGAAAUCCCCGUCCUGGUGAGGUAGACGGUAAAGGCCUGAGUAGCCUCCCAAUGCUUCUGGGGGCUGUGUUACUGCCAGUAGCAGACAUCUUAUCGUCUGAAAGCCCCCAAGAUUACCACUUCACCACCAGGGAGAACGUGCAAGAGGGUAUCGAUAAAGGAGAGUUCAUUGAGAAUGCCGAGUUCUCAGGGAACAUGUAUGGAACAAGUAAAUCUGCUAUUGAAGAUGUCCAGGCACAGAACCUCAUCUGCAUUCUCGAUGUUGACAUACAAGGAGUGAAAAACAUCAAGGAGACUGACCUCAACCCCAUCUACAUCUCCGUCCAGCCCCCAUCUAUGGAGAUCCUGGAAAAGCGUCUAAGAGACAGACAGACUGAGACAGAGGACAGUUUACAGAAGCGCUUAGACGCUGCAAGGACAGACAUGGAGCUCAGUAAUGAACCUGGAAUGUUUGACCUGGUCAUCGUCAAUGAUGAUUUAGAGGCAGCCUAUGACCAGCUGAAAAGUGCUCUAAUGGAGGAAAUACAGAAGGUUCAGGAUGCCAAGGACUAUACAUCAUCUUCAACCCCUGCUGUGUGCGUGAUGGCUGGACCCAGGCCUGUAGUUCUGAGUGGCCCCUCUGGCGCAGGGAAGAGCACUCUGCUGAAGAGGCUUAUGAAGGAUUAUGAAGGAGUCUUUGGCUUCAGCGUGUCCCAUACAACAAGAAAUCCCCGUCCUGGUGAGGUAGACGGUAAAGAUUACCACUUCACCACCAGGGAGAAGGUGCAAGAGGGUAUCGAUAAAGAAGAGUUCAUUGAGAAUGCCGAGUUCUCAGGGAACAUGUAUGGAACAAGUAAAUCUGCUAUUGAAGAUGUCCAGGCAAAGAACCUCAUCUGCAUUCUCGAUGUUGACAUACAAGGAGUGAAAAACAUCAAGGAGACUGACCUCAACCCCAUCUACAUCUCCGUCCAGCCCCCAUCUAUGGAGAUCCUGGAAAAGCGUCUAAGAGACAGACAGACUGAGACAGAGGACAGUUUACAGAAGCGCUUAGACGCUGCAAGGACAGACAUGGAGCUCAGUAAUGAACCUGGAAUGUUUGACCUGGUCAUCGUCAAUGAUGAUUUAGAGGCAGCCUAUGACCAGCUGAAAAGUGCUCUAAUGGAGGAAAUACAGAAGGUUCAGGAUGCCAAGGACUAUACAUCAUCUUCAACCCCUGCUGUGUGCGUGAUGGCUGGACCCAGGCCUGUAGUUCUGAGCGGCCCCUCUGGCGCAGGGAAGAGCACUCUGCUGAAGAGGCUUAUGAAGGAUUAUGAAGGAGUCUUUGGCUUCAGCGUGUCCCAUACAACAAGAGAUCCCCGUCCUGGUGAGGUAGACGGUAAAGAUUACCACUUCACCACCAGGGAGAAGGUGCAAGAGGGUAUCGAUAAAGGAGAGUUCAUUGAGAAUGCCGAGUUCUCAGGGAACAUGUAUGGAACAAGUAAAUCUGCUAUUGAAGAUGUCCAGGCACAGAACCUCAUCUGCAUUCUCGAUGUUGACAUACAAGGAGUGAAAAACAUCAAGGAGACUGACCUCAACCCCAUCUACAUCUCCGUCCAGCCCCCAUCUAUGGAGAUCCUGGAAAAGCGUCUAAGAGACAGACAGACUGAGACAGAGGACAGUUUACAGAAGCGCUUGGACGCUGCAAGGACAGACAUGGAGCUCAGUAAUGAACCUGGAAUGUUUGACCUGGUCAUCGUCAAUGAUGAUUUAGAGGCAGCCUAUGACCAGCUGAAAAGUGCUCUAAUGGAGGAAAUACAGAAGGUUCAGGAUACCAAGGACUGUACAUCAUCUUCAACCCAUGCUGUGUGCGUGAUGGCUGGACCCAGGCCUGUAGUUCUGAGCGGCCCCUCUGGCGCAGGGAAGAGCACUCUGCUGAAGAGGCUUAUGAAGGAUUAUGAAGGAGUCUUUGGCUUCAGCGUGUCCCAUACAACAAGAGAUCCCCGUCCUGGUGAGGUAGACGGUAAAGAUUACCACUUCACCACCAGGGAGAAGGUGCAAGAGGGUAUCGAUAAAGGAGAGUUCAUUGAGAAUGCCGAGUUCUCAGGGAACAUGUAUGGAACAAGUAAAUCUGCUAUUGAAGAUGUCAAGGCAAAGAACCUCAUCUGCAUUCUCGAUGUUGACAUACAAGGAGUGAAAAACAUCAAGGAGACUGACCUCAACCCCAUCUACAUCUCCGUCCAGCCCCCAUCUAUGGAGAUCCUGGAAAAGCGUCUAAGAGACAGACAGACUGAGACAGAGGACAGUUUACAGAAGCGCUUGGACGCUGCAAGGACAGACAUGGAGCUCAGUAAUGAACCUGGAAUGUUUGACCUGGUCAUCGUCAAUGAUGAUUUAGAGGCAGCCUAUGACCAGCUGAAAAGUGCUCUAAUGGAGGAAAUACAGAAGGUUCAGGAUGCCAAGGACUGUACAUCAUCUUCAACCCCUGCUGUGUGCGUGAUGGCUGGACCCAGGCCUGUAGUUCUGAGCGGCCCCUCUGGCGCAGGGAAGAGCACUCUGCUGAAGAGGCUUAUGAAGGAUUAUGAAGGAGUCUUUGGCUUCAGCGUGUCCCAUACAACAAGAAAUCCCCGUCCUGGUGAGGUAGACGGUAAAGGCCUGAGUAGCCUCCCAAUGCUUCUGGGGGCUGUGUUACUGCCUGUAGCAGACGUCUUAUCCUCUGAGUCUUCUCCAGAUUACCACUUCACCACCAGGGAGAAGAUGCAAGAGGAUAUCGAUAAAGGAGAGUUCAUUGAGAAUGCCGAGUUCUCAGGGAACAUGUAUGGAACAAGUAAAUCUGCUAUUGAAGAUGUCCAGGCACAGAACCUCAUCUGCAUUCUCGAUGUUGACAUACAAGGAGUGAAAAACAUCAAGGAGACUGACCUCAACCCCAUCUACAUCUCCGUCCAGCCCCCAUCUAUGGAGAUCCUGGAAAAGCGUCUAAGAGACAGACAGACUGAGACAGAGGACAGUUUACAGAAGCGCUUGGACGCUGCAAGGACAGACAUGGAGCUCAGUAAUGAACCUGGAAUGUUUGACCUGGUCAUCGUCAAUGAUGAUUUAGAGGCAGCCUAUGACCAGCUGAAAAGUGCUCUAAUGGAGGAAAUACAGAAGGUUCAGGAUGCCAAGGACUGUACAUCAUCUUCAACCCCUGCUGUGUGCGUGAUGGCUGGACCCAGGCCUGUAGUUCUGAGCGGCCCCUCUGGCGCAGGGAAGAGCACUCUGCUGAAGAGGCUUAUGAAGGAUUAUGAAGGAGUCUUUGGCUUCAGCGUGUCCCAUACAACAAGAAAUCCCCGUCCUGGUGAGGUAGACGGUAAAGGCCUGAGUAGCCUCCCAAUGCUUCUGGGGGCUGUGUUACUGCCUGUAGCAGACGUCUUAUCCUCUGAGUCUUCUCCAGAUUACCACUUCACCACCAGGGAGAAGAUGCAAGAGGAUAUCGAUAAAGGAGAGUUCAUUGAGAAUGCCGAGUUCUCAGGGAACAUGUAUGGAACAAGUAAAUCUGCUAUUGAAGAUGUCCAGGCACAGAACCUCAUCUGCAUUCUCGAUGUUGACAUACAAGGAGUGAAAAACAUCAAGGAGACUGACCUCAACCCCAUCUACAUCUCCGUCCAGCCCCCAUCUAUGGAGAUCCUGGAAAAGCGUCUAAGAGACAGACAGACUGAGACAGAGGACAGUUUACAGAAGCGCUUGGACGCUGCAAGGACAGACAUGGAGCUCAGUAAUGAACCUGGAAUGUUUGACCUGGUCAUCGUCAAUGAUGAUUUAGAGGCAGCCUAUGACCAGCUGAAAAGUGCUCUAAUGGAGGAAAUACAGAAGGUUCAGGAUGCCAAGGAGUAAUACGGAUGGAUAUGGAUGUGUUGUCUUAGUUCGCAUUCAGGUCCUGACACUGGGUAUAUAAGCCUUCAAACUGGCCUUUCAUAUGCAAUCAAAAUGUUGGUUUAGAGGUCCAAAGCAGUUCGUUCUCUUCGCGUGAUUUUUAAGCAUUAAUCGACUUCGCCUGAGGACUGUGCACCAUACUGCAUGAUGACUUCUGAUUGGCUGUUCAGUUUCUUGCGUUCAGUGACAAAAUACCACAUUCCUACCUUUGGUAAGAAAAUUGUACUUUGAAAGCUUUUAAUUUGCUAUAAUGGGAUAGUAAUAUGUCAAAUGAUAGUAAAUUUCAGGUUUAUGUAGAUGAUAUAAUCAGAAUCAGAAUCAGAAUUCUUUUUAAUGGCCAAGUAUAUUUACACAUACAGGAAAUUAACUUGGUGUGGUUGGUGCAUAGGACAUAAAACACAUAACAUACCAAUAAAAUAUAAAAAAACAAGAUAUAAUAUUAAAUCAGAGUCAGUGUGAUAAUAAUGGUGUAAAUGUGAACUGUCUUUACACCACGUUGUGGAAAUUGAUAAUAAAUGUCUAUAGGCUUCUCAUUGCAUGGCUUUUUUCAUGUUUCUUAAGUCAUAAUUAUUAAGUCAUAAUCAGGACGUUAGAUCUCAUGAUUCUGAGAAAAGUCAUAAUUAUGAGAAAUAAAAAGUCAUAAUUAUAAAAAGCUUUCUCAUUAUUAUGACAUACUAUGUGACUUUCAUAUUUUUUGAUCAGCAAACCGAAGCUUUGGGAAAAUUCAGUGUUAUCAUGUGCGCAGUCUUAUUAAAAUGUGAAAACCUUU